AGCAGUUCUCGUCAGUGUAAUAAGACCCCUAGAUUCCUGACAGAAACCCAGACAUAUGAGAACACAAAUAAAUACACUUUGCUCCUUGUGCCUAUAUUUUUGAGCUUGAAUGUGCAACUAUUGACAUUUUAGUGGAUUCGAUUAUAUAGGGUAAUUAUUUACAUUUCCUCAUGGACUUAAACACCAAGAAUCCUUUUUUACUGUUGAAGAAUUUAAAAUUUUGAAGGAGAAGAAAAUCCCGGACAUCAUCAUUAUCAGCAUUCAAAGGAAAGGUGAAGAUCCUUUUUCAUCUGACAAACACCUCUAAUAGAUCUACAGCAGUCCAGUUGCAGGAACUAUGGCUGCAGCUAAAACAGAGAUGCUCCUGUCUGCCCUACAGAUCUCAGAUCCUCUGGGUUUCCCUCACUCCCCCAUGGACAGCUACCCUAAAUUAGAGGAGAUGUUAUUCCUGCACUCAGCAGGAACACCCCUCCUUACCAGCACCACACCAGAAGGUGCAGCCUGUGGAAACGGGGAGUCCACUGAACAGUGUAACCACCUGACUAAUGAUACAUUACCAGACAUCUCCCUAACCUGUGAUAAACCUCUGUCUGAUCAGAACUACUCAGCCCCGAGAUUGCCUUCCAUUUCCUACACUGGUAGAUUCAGCUUCGAACCAACAACCACCUGCAGCAACAGCCUGUGGGCUGAGCCAUUCUUCAACUUGGUUAGUGGGUUGAUGGGUAUGACAACAUGUUCCAGCAACUCAAACCCCUCUACAUCUGCCGCACCAGUCAGCUCCUCCUCACAGUCAAACUUUAGUUGCUCUGUACAGAACAGCAAUGCCAACCCAAUCUAUUCUGCAGCUCCAACCUUCACAAACACCAACCAAGAUGUGAUGCUGGAGUCAAGUCAGGCUUUGCCCAAUUCUCUGAACAGCUCUGUCCAAUACCCUGCUCCCGCUUAUUCCAACAGCAAGACCUGCACUUCGAACUUCUCCUUGCCUAUGAUCCCGGACUAUCUCUUCCCACAGCCACAAGGGGAGACCAACCUGAUAAAUGCUGACCAAAAACCUGUCCAGCCUCAGCCUGUCCAGCAUCAGCUCUCCCUCACACCUUUGUCUACAAUCAAAGCAUUUGCCACUCAGACUGGAUGUCAGGAUUCGAAGAGUUCCUGUCAAUCUCAAUUGGUCAAGCCCAGCCGCACACAGAAAUACCCCAGUCGUCCCUGCAAGACUCCACCACAUGAGCGCCCUUACGCGUGUCCUGUUGAGACCUGCGACCGCCGCUUUUCCCGUUCAGACGAACUGACCCGUCAUAUCCGCAUCCACACCGGCCAGAAGCCCUUCCAGUGCCGUAUAUGCAUGCGCAAUUUUAGCCGGAGCGAUCAUCUCACAACCCACAUCCGCACCCACACCGGCGAAAAGCCCUUCGCCUGUGAUGUCUGUGGACGCAAAUUCGCCCGAAGUGAUGAACGUAAGCGGCACACUAAAAUACACCUACGGCAGAGGGACAAGAAAGCAGAGAAGAGCAUGGCAUCUGUGUCCAUUCCGUCCGCCUUGUCAGACUUCUCCACCCCAACUACAGUGUUUCCAUCCUCUGCUUCCAGUUUCCCCUCUCCAGUGCCGUCCUGUGAUUCUCCUGUGCACAAUUCCGGUCCAUCACUCUCUGAUGUUUCCACAUCCUCCACGAUCUGCAACACAUUCCAGGCCCAGGUUGCCACCACAUUUCCAUCCAACACAAAUCUCUACAUCUCUCCUGUGGGCACUCCACAGUCAGAACUCCAGUCAUCCCUUUCACCAAAAAACAUUGAGAUGUGCUAAGGAAGUUCAUCUUGCUGUGAUCUAGUUAUGUGGUACCUUAUUUAGAGAUGUGCUAUUAAGUGGUUCGGCAUGACAAAGACUGAAAAUAGUUUGAAGAACUUUGUACAUAUCAACAGAUGGUACUAUCUUCCCCUGUCCAACAAAUGGCUUGUGUUGUGUGGACAUUGUUUAAAAAAAUUAUUGGUGCCUUUCAUGAAGGUCAAAAAUGGACUGAAUUCAUUUUUGAAUGUAUUGCAUAUAACGUAGCCUUUUACUGUACAGUGUAUGUUCACAGAAUGACAGAGUUUUUAAGCUUCAUUUCCAGAAAUAUACACAGAUCAAAGAUCACAUACCCAAUCAGAAAGUAUGUGUUUUGCUAUUUUACAUACAAAUAAAUGCAAAUGUCAGGAAUAAAACUGGUGUACUUACCUACUAAGUAGGCAUGAGAUCUUUUAUAUGUUCUUUAUAUGCAGUUCAUCAGUUUGUCGUCCUUCAUAUUUUUUUAUGUGUUCAGAAAAUUCUUUUAUGUUCAUUUGUUUGAAUGAGCUUGACAUUUCAUGCACAUCGUCUUUCAAGGAUUGAAAUAAAAUAUGCAUUUGUUACAGUGAAA